UCACUAAGAUGCAGCCUCAGUCAUCUGGAUCUCUCAGAUCAAAUGCUGGAGCAGAAAAAGGCAAAGAAAUUGCAGCCAAGUUAAACAUUCAUCGAGUUCAUGGGCAACUUAGGGGUCUUGAUACUACAGACAUUGGUACCUGUGCCAUCACUGCCAUUCCUUUUGAGAAAUCCAAAGUUUUAUUUACUCUUGAGGAGUUGGAUGAAUUUACUUUUGUGGAUGAAACUGAUCAGCAAGCUGUUCCAGAUGUAACUCGAAUAGGUCCCAGCCAAGAAAAAUGGGGUUGGAUAAUGUUUGAAUGUGGACUUGAAAAUUUAACCAUAAAAGGUGGAAGACAGUCUGGUGCUGUUUUAUAUAAUAGUUUUGGGAUUAUGGGUAAAACUAAUGUCACAGAAAGGGUUGGCGUGCUGACAUCCAAUAAUUCUUCUGAUUCUCCAACUGGCAGUGGCUAUAAUACUGAUGUCUCUGAUGAUAAUCUUCCCUGUGACCGGACAAGCCCUUCCUCAGACUUAAAUGGAAAUUCUGUUUCAGAUGAACAAGAUGAAGGAGUCGAAUCUGAUGAUUUGAAAAAAGAUCUACCUCUCAUGCCUCCACCUCCAGAUUCAUGUAGCAUGAAGUUGACCAUUAAAGAAAUUUGGUUUAGUUUUGCAGCUCCCACCAACGUGAGAUCUCCUACGCAUGCAUUUUCUAGGCAGCUGAACCUUUUAAGUACUGCAACUCCAGCUGUUGGUGCAUGGCUUGUUCCCAUUGAUCAACUCAAGUCAUCCUUAAACAAACUAGAAACUGAAGGAACCUUGAGAAUUUGUGCUGUUAUGGGAUGCAUAAUGACAGAAGCAUUAGAGAAUAAAAGUGUACAUUUUCCCCUAAGAAGUAAAUACAACAGGCUUACAAAAGUUGCUCGCUUUCUCCAAGAAAAUCCUUCAUGUUUACUAUGUAAUAUACUACACCACUACCUACACCAGGCAAAUUACUCCAUUAUUGACGAUGCUACAAUGAGUGAUGGACUUCCUGCUUUGGUAACUUUAAAGAAAGGUUUAGUUGCACUGGCAAGGCAGUGGAUGAAGUUUAUUGUAGUGACACCAGCCUUUAAAGGAGUUAGCUUACAUAGACCAACUCAGCCAGUGAAACCUCAAGCAACUGUGGAUCAUGAACAUGAAGAUGGACUUGGGCUGGACAAUGGGGGUGGUCUUCAAAGUGAUACCAGUGCUGAUGGAGCAGAAUUUGAGUUUGAUGCAGCCACAGUCAGUGAACACACAAUGCUACUAGAAGGAACAGCUAAUCGGCCCCCACCUGGUAGCUCUGGACCUGUAACUGGAGCUGAGAUAAUGAGGAAACUUUCUAAAACUCAUACCCAUAGUGACUCUGCAUUAAAAAUAAAGGGCGUUCAUCCAUAUCAUUCUCUGAGCUAUACCAGUGGAGACACUGCCACAGAUUCUCCAGUACAUGUUGGACGUGCUGGGAUGUCAGUAAAGGAGAGUCCAAGGAAGGAGAGCCUACUCAGCUACCUGACUGGAAGCUUCCCAAGCUUGCACAACCUCCUGGAAGGGACUCCUCAGAGAAGCAGUGCAGCUAUGAAAAGUAGCUCUCUAACGAGAACAGGAAACACGGUGGCCACUGAUAUGUUAUCUGAACAUCCCUUGCUAUCUGAGCCAUCAUCUGUGAGUUUCUAUAAUUGGAUGUCAAAUGCUGUGGGUAAUCGAGGAAGUGUGGUACAAGAAUCUCCUGUUACAAAAUCGGGACACAGUAGUCUUCCAACAGGUGUUGCACCCAAUCUUCCUACAAUACCCUCAGCCUCAGAUUUCAACACCGUCUUAUCUAGUGACCAGAAUACUUUGGAUGGGACACACUCUCAGCAUAGCACUAGUCAGGAUGAUGUGGCAGGUGUAGAAGAAGCAAACCAAGGGUUUCCUGCUGUUCAGCUUGCUGAUGCACAGGUUGUUUUCAAACCUCUUCUGAGCCAUACAGGGAUCCAGUCACAGGAUACAAUGCCGCUUUGCUACCGAAUGUACUUUGGAGAACACCUUUCAUUUUCAGGGACUUUGGACUGCCUCAGAGCAGAUAUUGUAGAUUCAGAUACAGCCAAAGAGAGAAGGAGCAAAAGAGCAAGAAGGCAAGGCCAUGUGAAUCUUCCUCCACUUGAGUUCAAACCAGCUUUAAUGUUGGAAACCUUUAGCAUCAGUGCUGUUGUAAUGGAAAAGUCGGUGUGCACCCCUCAGAACUCUACCAGUGCCCUUUCUUUUCAUGAUCUCAACAAGCGUUAUUAUAACACUUUCCACUGCAACUUUACUAUUUCCUGUCAGUCAAUAAGCCAGCAUGUAGAUAUGGCUUUGGUUCGUCUUAUUCAUCAGUUUAGUACAAUGAUAGAUGACAUCAAAGCAACGCAGACUGACAUUAAACUUAGUAGAUAUACAGCUGGAUCAGCAUCCCCAACACCUACCUUCAAGAGCAGAAAACAUAGGGAUUUUCGCUCAUCUGACUUUAGCCGCAGUUCAAGAGGAAGCCUUAAUGGUGGCAGUAGAGUAAAUAAUGCAAAGAACAAAAGGACCAACAAUGAGAAUAACAAAAAGGAAUCUCGAAACAAAAAUUCAUUAGGAAGAUCUGAAAGAAGAACUUCUAAAGUGUCUAGGAAAGGUUCAAAAGAUGUGGUAGAUCACAUGACUAUUCAUAUGGAUGACUCCGAUUCAAUUACAGUGUCAGAACAAAGUGAGCCUUCAGCUGAGUGCUGGCAAAACAUGUAUAAAUUGCUUAACUUCUAUUCGCUUAUCUCUGAUCCAACAGGAAUAUUGGAAAAAUCUUCAGAAACCUUUGGACCAGCAGGAGUUCGGAGCCCUACAGAGCCAGCAUGUAAAGUUGUGUUUGAGAAUGAACAAGACAACAACAGUUCGUCUAAGACACAAAGGAAACGUAGCUUGGUAACCUCUGAACCUCAGCAUGUUACUCUAAUAGUGUUUGGGAUUGGCAUGGUGAAUCGCACACACCUAGAGGCAGAUAUUGGUGGGCUGACAAUGGAAUCAGAACUGAAGAGGAUCCAUGGCAGUUUUACUCUUAAGGAAAAAAUGAAAGAUGUUUUACAUCAAAAGAUGACUGAGACAUGUGCCACUGCUCAUAUUGGUGGGGUAAAUAUUGUGCUGCUUGAAGGGAUUACACCAAAUAUACAACUGGAGGAUUUUCCUACAUCUCCUACAAGUACAGCCAAACAAGAGUUUCUAACUGUAGUGAAAUGUAGCAUUGCCAAGUCGCAAGCUCUCUACAGUGCCCAGAGAGGGUUGAAGACAAACAAUGCUGCUGUAUUUAAAGUAGGAGCUAUCAGCAUCAACAUUCCUCAGCACCCUGCUACCUUACAUAGCAUGAUGGUUCGUAGUUCUCAUCAGCUGUCUAAACAAAUCUCAGACCUCAUCAGACAGCCUUCUACAGUCCCACAGCCUGUAAAAGAAGAUAUUGCAACCCCGCUACCUUCUGAAAAAACUCCAACAAGUGUUAAUCAAACUCCCGUUGAAACAAAUGAAUUUCCUCAGCUACCAGAAGGCUUAGAAAAGAAGCCUAUUGUUCUUAAAUUCAGUGCCAUGUUAGAUGGUAUAGCCAUUGGAGCAGCACUUUUACCAUCUCUGAAAGCAGAAUACAAGAUGGGAAGAAUGAGAAGUCAUGGAAUGACAGGUGCACAGACAAGAUUUACAUUUGAGCUGCCAAAUCACAGAUUACGUUUUACUUCAAAAGUUUCUGCCACAGAUAUGUCAACCAUUCCUCCUUCUGCCAGUCUUAACCUUCCGCCUGUUACUAUGUCAGGGAAAUACAUAAUGGAAGAACAUGACAGUUAUUCAGAUCAGGUGUGGAGUAUAGAUGAACUGCCUUCUAAACAGGGCUACUAUUUACAGGGAAAUUAUCUACGUUGUGUGGCGGAAGUUGGUUCCUUUGAACAUAAUCUCACAACUGAUCUUCUAAACCACUUGGUAUUUGUACAAAAAGUGUUCAUGAAGGAAGUUAAUGAAGUAAUACAAAAAGUUUCUGGUGGGGAACAGCCUAUUCCUCUGUGGAACGAACACGAUGGAACAACAGAUGGAGAUAAGCCUAAAAUUCUCCUCUAUUCCCUGAACUUGCAAUUUAAGGGUAUUCAAGUAACAGCCACAACUCCAUCAAUGAGAGCUGUAAGAUUUGAAACUGGAUUGAUUGAACUGGAACUUUCUAACCGACUUCAAACCAAAGCUUCACCAGGAAGUAGCAGCUAUCUGAAAUUAUUCGGUAAAUGCCAAGUGGAUUUAAAUCUGGCAUUAGGACAAAUUGUCAAACAUCAAGUGUAUGAGGAAGCUGGUUCUGAUUUUCAUCAAGUUGCCUAUUUUAAAACCAGAAUUGGAUUAAGAAAUGCCCUCAGAGAAGAAAUCAGUGGUUCUUCAGAUAGGGAAGCUGUGCUUAUUACUCUGAAUAGACCAAUUGUUUAUGCACAACCUGUUGCCUUUGAUAGAGCUGUGCUGUUUUGGCUGAAUUAUAAGGCUGCCUAUGACAAUUGGAAUGAGCAACGAAUGGCUUUACAUAAAGAUAUUCAUAUGGCUACAAAGGAAGUAGUAGAUAUGUUACCUGGUAUACAGCAAACAUCAGCCCAAGCCUUUGGGACUCUUUUCCUUCAGCUCACUGUGAAUGAUCUGGGUAUUUGCCUACCUAUCACAAAUACCACACAGUCUAAUCACACUGGAGACCUUGACACUGGUUCUGCUUUAGUGUUGACCAUUGAAAGUACUCUCAUCACUGCUUGCUCUUCAGAAUCUCUGGUUAGCAAAGGGCAUUUCAAAAACUUUUGUAUCCGUUUUGCUGAUGGUUUUGAGACAUCGUGGGAUGACUGGAAACCAGAAAUUCGUGGAGAUUUAGUGAUGAAUGCCUGUGUAGUUCCAGAUGGCACCUAUGAAGUAUGUUCGAGGACUACAGGACAAGCAGCAGCUGAAAGUAGUAGUGCUGGAACCUGGACACUCAACGUAUUGUGGAAAAUGUGUGGGAUUGAUGUCCACAUGGAUCCUAACAUUGGCAAAAGGCUUAAUGCUCUGGGUAAUACCCUUACAACACUGACAGGAGAGGAAGACAUAGAUGACAUUGCUGACCUAAAUUCAGUUAACAUAGCUGACCUGUCAGAUGAGGAUGAAGUUGAUACUAUGUCUCCCACUAUCCAUACUAAUUCAGAUGGAAGUUCAGUAAGUGGAGAUGGCCACAAGCUCACCUUUGGGCAGCGACUUGUAAAUCACCUGCUAGGCCUGACGCCCCCAAGUCAGCGCUAUUCUGUUCCUGCAGAGUAUCUAUGUGACCCAGAGAUGCGGGGCUCCCCUCAGUCUAGCCACUCCCAUUUGAAAGCAUGCAGAGCACACUCAUGGGGAAAUGAAGCUGUAGAUUAUCGAAGACAAGGAGCAACUUCUGGCCAGCCAGGAGAAAUUAGAGGAAGAAAAAUUAUGAAGCGUAUAGUAGAUAUCAGAGAACUGAAUGAACAGGCCAAAGUAAUAGAUGAUCUUAAAAAAUUAGGUGCAAGUGAAGGAACCAUAAACCAGGAAAUUCAACGUUACCAGCAGUUAGAAUCUGUGGCUGUGAAUGACAUUCGAAGAGAUGUUCGUAAAAAAUUACGGAGGUCCAGUAUGCGAGCUGCUUCCCUAAAGGAUAAGUGGGGUUUGGGUUACAAACCAAGUUAUAGCCGAUCAAAAAGCAUUUCUGCUUCAGGAAGACCACCUUUUAAGCGAAUGGAAAGGGCAAGUUCUCGUGUAGGAGAAACUGAAGAGCUCCCAGAAAUUCGUGUGGAUGCAGCAUCUCCUGGACCCAGAGUAACUUUUAAUAUCCAGGAUACAUUGAAAAACACAGUAUGGGGAAGUACACCACAAUCCAGCUGUCCUGGGGAAGGGUAUUUUCAGUUUCCAGAGGAGACAGAACUAGACCUUUUGUCAGUGACUAUUGAAGGUCCAUCCCAUUACUCGUCAAAUAGUGAAGGAUCAUGUUCCGUGUUCAGUUCUCCCAAAACUCCAGGAGGCUUUUCACCAGGCAUUCCUUUCCAACCUGAAGAGAGCCGACGAGAUGAUAGUUUGUCUUCCACCAGUGAAGAUUCCGAGAAGGAUGAAAAGGAUGAAGACCAUGAGAGGGAAAGGUUUUAUAUUUACAGGAAACCCUCACAUACAUCUCGUAAAAAAGCAACAGGCUUUGCUGCUGUUCAUCAGCUAUUUACAGAACGCUGGCCGACAACACCGGUAAACCGAAGUCUUAGUGGCACAGCUACAGAAAGAAAUAUUGACUUUGAACUUGAUAUACGGGUUGAAAUUGAUAGUGGAAAAUGUGUACUCCACCCAACCACCCUUCUACAAGAACAUGAUGAUAUAAGUUUGAGAAGGAGUUAUGAUCGAAGUUCCAGGAGCUUAGAUCAAGAUUCUCCUUCAAAAAAGAAGAAGUUUCAAACUAAUUAUGCUUCUACCACUCAUUUAAUGACUGGCAAGAAAGUGCCAUCAUCUCUACAGACAAAGCCUAGUGACUUAGAAACAACAGUAUUUUACAUUCCUGGAGUUGAUGUAAAGUUGCAUUAUAAUUCCAAGACGCUAAAAACUGAAUCACCUAAUGCCUCCAGAGGAUCUUCCUUGCCAAGGACAUUCUCCAAAGAGUCCAAGCUGUAUGGUAUGAAAGAUAGUGCAACAUCUCCUCCUUCUCCUCCUUUACCUUGCACUGUCCAGAGCAAGACUAACACCUUACUUCCUCCCCAAACCCCACCUAUUCCCUCAGCCAAAGGAAAAGGAAGUGGAGGAGUAAAAACAGCCAAGUUAUAUGCCUGGGUGGCACUGCAGUCAUUGCCAGAAGAAAUGGUUAUUAGUCCCUGUUUAUUAGACUUUCUGGAAAAGGCUCUGGAAACUAUCCCAAUCACACCAAUUGAAAGGAAUUACACAACUGUCAGUUCACAAGAUGAAGAUCUGGGACAUUUUGAAAUACCAGAUCCUAUGGAAGAAUCAACAACAUCAUUAGUGUCAUCUUCAACAUCUGCUUACUCUUCCUUCCCUGUAGAUGUUGUGGUUUAUGUUCGAGUUCAGCCCUCACAGAUCAAGUUUAGUUGUUUACCAGUAUCAAGAGUAGAAUGCAUGCUAAAGCUACCAUCUCUGGACUUGGUGUUUUCUUCAAACCGAGGAGAACUGGAGACUUUAGGGACUACAUAUCCUGCAGAGACUCUAUCCCCUGGAGGUAAUGCUACUCAGAGUGGAACAAAGACCACUGCGAGCAAAACUGGAAUACCAGGUUCAUCAGGAUUAGGCAGCCCUCUUGGCAGAAGUCGACAUAGUAGUAGUCAGUCAGAUCUGACCAGUUCCAGCAGCAGUUCAUCUGGCUUGAGCUUCACUGCAUGCAUGUCUGACUUUUCCCUUUAUGUAUUUCAUCCAUAUGGAGCAGGAAAACAAAAAACUGCUGUUUCUGGCCUCACACCUGGAUCAGGAGGAUUAGGGAAUGUGGAUGAGGAGCCCACUUCAGUCACUGGUCGAAAAGACUCACUCAGUAUAAACCUUGAAUUUGUAAAAGUGAGUUUGUCUAGAAUGAGGCGUUCAGGAGGUGCCUCAUUUUUUGAAAGUCAGUCUAUAAACAAGUCUGCAAGCAAAAUGGACACUACGUUAAUAAAUAUAUCUGCUGUGUGUGAUAUAGGGUCUGCCUCCUUUAAAUAUGAUAUGCGCCGACUCAGUGAAAUUCUGGCAUUUCCAAGAGCCUGGUACAGGAGAAGUAUUGCAAGGCGUCUAUUCCUUGGAGACCAAACUAUAAAUUUGCCAACAUCUGGUCCAGGGACACCUGAUUCCAUUGAAGGAGUAAGCCAGCACCUUUCCCCAGAAUCAUCAAGAAAAGCUUACUGCAAGACCUGGGAGCAGCCAAGUCAAUCAGCCUCCUUUACCCACAUGCCUCAGUCACCUAAUGUAUUCAAUGAGCAUAUGACAAACAGCACCAUGUCACCAGGGACAGCAGCACAGAGCCUAAAAUCCCCAGCUUCUGUAAGAUCAAGGAGUGUGUCUGAUUCUUCAGUUCCUCGAAGAGAUUCACUUUCAAAAACAUCAACUCCUUUUAACAAAUCAAACAAAGCAGCAAGCCAACAAGGGACCCCAUGGGAAACACUUGUCGUAUUUGCUAUCAACUUGAAGCAAUUAAACGUUCAAAUGAAUAUGAGUAAUGUAAUGGGAAAUACAACUUGGACAACUAGUGGUUUGAAGAGCCAGGGCCGUCUGUCAGUAGGAAGUAAUCGUGAUCGAGAAAUUAGCAUGUCUGUUGGUCUGGGAAGAUCACAGUUAGAUUCUAAAGGAGGAGUAGUUGGAGGGACCAUAGAUGUCAAUGCUUUGGAGAUGGUUGCUCAUAUUUCUGAACAUCCAAAUCAGCAACCCAGUCACAAAAUUCAGAUUACUAUGGGUUCUACUGAAGCUCGUGUUGAUUACAUGGGCUCAAGUAUCCUCAUGGGUAUCUUCAGUAAUGCUGAUCUUAAGCUUCAAGACGAAUGGAAAGUAAACCUGUAUAAUACACUGGAUUCAAGCAUAACUGAUAAAAGUGAGAUUUUUGUCCAUGGAGACUUGAAAUGGGAUAUUUUCCAAGUAAUGAUAUCAAGAUCAACCACACCAGACCUAAUAAAAAUAGGAAUGAAGCUCCAGGAAUUUUUCACACAGCAGUUUGACACCAGUAAACGAGCUUUGUCUACCUGGGGACCAGUUCCUUAUCUUCCACCAAAGACAACAACUAACAACCUAGAGAAAAGUUCACAAGAACAAUUGCUUGAUGCAGCUCAUCAUCGACAUUGGCCUGGAGUAUUGAAGGUGGUAUCAGGAUGCCACAUAUCCUUAUUUCAGAUUCCAUUACCAGAAGAUGGAAUGCAAUUUGGAGGAUCAAUGAGCUUACAUGGAAAUCAUAUGACACUGGCUUGUUUUCAUGGUCCAAAUUUCCGUUCAAAAUCCUGGGCUCUUUUUCAUUUAGAAGAACCAAAUAUUGCUUUUUGGACCGAAGCUCAGAAAAUUUGGGAAGAUGGUUCUAGUGAUCAUUCUACAUAUAUUGUACAAACAUUAGAUUUUCAUCUGGGUCAUAAUACUAUGGUUACCAAACCAUGUGGUGCUUUGGAAAGUCCUAUGGCAACAAUAACCAAGAUAACAAGGCGCCGCCAUGAAAAUCCACCACAUGGAGUAGCAAGUGUGAAAGAAUGGUUCAAUUAUGUUACAGCCACGAGGAAUGAAGAGCUAAACCUACUUCGUAAUGUUGACGCUAAUAACGCGGAGAAUAGCACUACUGUGAAGAAUUCUAGUUUGUUGAGUGGAUUCAGAGGAGGUUCUAGCUACAACCAUGAAACAGAGACUAUCUUUGCAUUACCAAGGAUGCAGCUUGACUUUAAAUCCAUUCAUGUUCAAGAACCACAGGAACCUUUGUUGCAAGAUGCCAACCUGAAGCCAAAGGUAGAAUGUAGUGUGGUGACUGAGUUCACUGACCACAUCUGUGUGACUAUGGAUGCUGAGCUCAUCAUGUUUCUCCAUGAUUUAGUGUCAGCUUAUCUUAAAGAAAAAGAAAAAGCUAUUUUUCCACCUCGGAUUUUAUCUACUCGACCAGGACAGAAAAGUCCAAUUAUUAUACAUGAUGACAACUCCUCUGACAAAGACAGAGAAGAUAGCAUCACUUAUACUACUGUGGAUUGGAGAGAUUUUAUGUGCAAUACAUGGCAUCUAGAACCCACUCUUAGAUUAAUUUCUUGGACUGGAAGAAAGAUUGAUCCAGUAGGCGUUGAUUAUAUUCUUCAAAAAUUGGGCUUUCAUCAUGCCAGGACUACUAUUCCUAAAUGGCUUCAGAGAGGAGUCAUGGAUCCACUGGACAAGGUUCUGUCAGUUCUUAUCAAAAAGCUUGGUACUGCACUACAGGAUGAAAAGGAGAAGAAAGGAAAAGACAAAGAAGAACACUAAAAAAGUAACUUGAUCUGUGAACAAAUUAUGAUUGUAUCUGUUAAGUUUUACUACCCUGGAGUGUUUUUUUUAGCAUAAUUUUAAAUAUAACUAAAAUAAUUCUAGUUUUGUGGCCAUUAUAUUAAAAUUUUUUAAGUUAACCUGUUUAUUCUAGUUCUACCAAUCUGUGUACAGUGAAGUGUACUGCAUGAUAAUGUAAAUUUUGUGAAAAACUAGAUUAAAAUAUGUAAAUCUGUUCAUUAGGGUUUAUAACUGUAUCAUGUGCAAUAUGAUUCCUGCAUCUUUAAAAUAUUUGCAGAAUAACUGUGAAUUUUUUUGGUUAUUGGCCAUAACUUUUAGAAAAGAUCUUGUUGAUAAUGUGAUUUGGGGGUGUCAUUAAUUGCUUUUCCUUUUUUAAACACAGACUUGUAUAAAUACCUAUUUGUAUAUUGUUUGAGUAAUUGUUAUGUGAUUGUAUACCACUAUAAUAUUGUUUGUAAUUAUUAUUAUAAAGUCACAAUAAUGGUUUCAGUC